CCACCUUCCAGAGCCCUCCCCCCUCUACCCCCACCAAAUUCCCCAAACCGAUGAUGUCUUCUUCGCCCUCCGAACUCGUCCUCUACAACCUCGUCCCCACCCAAACCCUAAACCCUACUGCCGCUCCCCCUCCUCCUCCUCCUACCAACGACCCCGCCGCCGACCUCUCCAUCGCCACCGCCACCCCCGCGGCCUCCACCGGCCGUCCCCGGGCGCGCCGCUCCUCGGACCGCCACGCCAAGGUCGCCGGCCGCGGCCGCCGCGUGCGCAUCCCGGCCAUGGUCGCCGCCCGCGUCUUCCAGCUCACGCGCGAGCUCGGCCACCGCACCGACGGGGAGACCAUCGAGUGGCUCCUCCGCCAGGCCGAGCCCUCCAUCAUCGCCGCCACCGGCACCGGCGUCUCCCCGGAGGAGGCGCCCCCCGCCGCUGUCCCCAUCGGCUCCGCAGCCGCCGUCCAGGGCGCCCCGUUCGUGCAAGUACCGUACUACACCGCGCUCCUCAUGCAGCCUCCCACCGCCGACGAGCCGCCUGUCGCCCCCGCCGACGCCUCGGCCUCUGUCACUGUCGCCGAGGAAAACAAUUAAUUAGCAAGGGAAGGGAAGAUGCUUGGGUUAGAGGUUUGUUAGGGUUAGUGUGUUGGAGCUUAUUGGGCUCUUUAGUCUUAUUCUCCUCCCCCCUCCGGAAUAAUAUGUUUAUUGCAAUGCCAGGCCAUGGAUUAGGUCCAUUAGAUUGGCGAUUCAAGUGAGCAAUGGAGGGGGUGUUGGGAACUUGGGAGGGUAGCAGUAUUAGUGGCGGAAGAGAAAAAAAAGGCAGAUUUCUGUCAGUGCUGAUUGAGUGAGUGGUAUUGAUGUUGGGAACAGUGUCUGUGUUCUUGUGAAUGGUUCAGCGCUGAUUAAGAUGUUCUUGGCCUUCUUAUGUCAGAGUUCUAUUUUCCUUUUCUUGUUU